UAACAACUUAAAAAUUAUAGAAAAAGAUAAAAGGAUCGAAGUUGCAGGCACGGCAUACCCUCUGUGACGGAGACAUGGAAAACGACGACGUUGAUAUGCUCGGAGCAGAUAAUAAUGAAGCUGAAUUGGAUGACAUGAAGAAACGCUUGAAGGAAAUGGAAGACGAAGCUGCUGCUUUGCGGGAGAUGCAGGCCAAGGUCGAGAAGGAGAUGGGAUCUGCGCAAGAUCCUGCUACUGCUGCUGCAAGUCAGACCAACAGAGAGGAGGUAGAUGCUCGAUCAAUCUUUGUAGGCAAUGUGGACUAUUCAUGUACUCCUGAGGAAGUGCAGCAGCAUUUCCAAUCAUGUGGAACGGUAAACCGAGUCACCAUUCGUACUGAUAAGUUUGGCCAACCCAAGGGUUAUGCUUAUGUAGAGUUUGUUGAAGUAGAGGCUGUGCAAGAGGCUCUUCUGCUCAAUGAAUCUGAACUACAUGGCCGCCAAUUGAAGGUAACUGCUAAGAGGACCAAUGUACCGGGAAUGAAGCAAUAUCGUCCCCGCCGGUCCAAUCCUUACAUGGGGUCUCGAGGCAGAACCCCAUAUGCAGCUCCUUUUGCCUAUGCUCCCUAUGGAUUCGGAAAGGUUCCAAGGUUCAGAAUGGCAAUGCGCUACAGUCCCUACUAUUGAAUGUCCAAUACCGCUGAAACGGAUCUGUUGAUAUUAUUGGAUGGAUGGAUAUGACACCCUACUCCCUCAUAGUAUCAUGGCUGAUGUUUCGGCCAUUCAGUAUGAGGGAAUUGGUCUGACCACCGAGACUGAGGUGGUUGGUUCUUUGAGGAUUAAACACUGACUUAACUGCAAACCUUGUGAACUUAUGGUGUUUUCUUCUGCUCUUUGAUAUUUGAUAUGUUCAAAUGUUCUUUGCAAAAGUAUCCAUCGUAAAAGUGAUCAAAUAUAUGGGGUUUUCAGUUGCCUAUUUUUCCAUUAAAUUCCUAAUAUGCUAUAGGUUCAUCUCUCUGCUAUGUUUGUGUAGCCCUCAGUUUUCUUUAUGAAAGUCCAAGAAAUGAUGGUCUUUUUUCUAAUUGUUGUCCUAUAGCAGUGUGGGGUAGUGUAAGUGCAUUGUCUUAUACGAGUAGCUAGUAUUGUCAUACAAGUCCAUAAAAGAUCAGUGUGUGGUUUGGACAAAAGGUUCUUGUGUUGUGCACCUUACUAGAUU